UGACGCGCCAAAGAGGAAUGUCGAAUGCGUCCUCUGCAGUCUCUUCUUCCUUACCCCCAGGCCAAGACCAGGUAAAUUAGGAGUUGGAGAGCAUGUACGACUAUCUGGCUAAGAUUAUCCUUCUUGGUCCAAGUGGUGCUGGGAAAUCCUGUGUACUGCACCGAUUUGUAAAAGAUGAAUGGAGAGUGCUGUCAUCGCAAACCAUCGGGGUGGAGUUUUCCUCGAGAGUCGUCAAACUAGGCACAGGCUCGCAACGAAAACGGAUAAAGUUACAACUCUGGGAUACUGCAGGUACGGAGCGGUUUCGCUCCGUUUCUAGAUCCUACUACCGCGGAGCGGCGGGCGCCAUCCUCGUGUACGACGUCUCAUCCCACGCUUCCUUCAAUGCUCUCCCUACGUUCUUGAUGGAUGCUCGCGCCCUUGCCUCGCCGAACCUUACCGUCUUACUUGCAGGGAACAAGUCUGACCUCGCAUCGGAUUAUUUCCUGCAAACCCAGGGCCCGGAUGAUUCUACCGCGAAGCAUCCCCCAACACCGUCCAGUGUAUCCAGCAAGCAGUCUUGGUUCCCGCUUGAUUCAAGUGGUGGUUCUUUCAGGUCCGUUAGUAAUUUUGGAGGAGCGGCUGGGACAAGAAUGACCGCGACCAAUUCCCCCGAAGGCCGCCAAGUCAGCCUCGAGGAAAGUUCUCGUUGGGCAUCUCAGUUCAAUAUCCCCGUUGCUACUGAAGUCUCUGCCCUCACAGGUGAGGGCGUCGAGCAAAUAUUCAACCGGUUGGCCCGAAUAAUCCUCACCAAGAUUGAGCUUGGAGAGAUUGAUCCCGAUGAUCCGCAAAGUGGCAUCCAAUAUGGUGAUGGUGGCUUAUACGGCCACGGCACCAGUGACGCUUCGAGUAUUCGAAGCAGGAUAACUCUUGAUGACAGCGCAGUCCAGCUCCAUCGGAGAAACCCUAGGCGAAGGGGAGGAGGAGGAACUCACUUAAGAAGCGGGAUGGGUGAAUGGGAAGAUGUGUUCCGAUCGAGUGGCUCUCGCCAAAGCAAGAACAGGGGAUGCUGUUGA